CGGGGGACCCCGACAUGCUGUUCCGCGGAGGCUAGCCUUCAACCCUGCGCUUGGCAGAUUAAAAAUCAAGAAAUACAAACCAGAUGCAACAGUUUCUUGACAUGGAGAAUCAAGCCCAUACUACAAUCGGAGCUUCUCCUUGUGAGGCUGAGCUUCAAGAAUUAAUGGAACAAAUUGACAUCAUGGUAAACAACAAAAAAUUGGAUUGGGAAAGGAAGAUGCGGGCUCUGGAGACACGAUUAGAUCUUCGGGAUCAAGAGUUGGCAAAUGCACAGACUUGUUUGGAACAGAAAGGUCAAGAGGUGGGGUUACUUAGACAGAAGCUGGACAGUUUGGAAAAAUGUAACUUAGCGAUGACUCAGAAUUACGAAGGACAACUACAAACCCUAAAAGCUCAAUUUUCCAAACUAACUAACAGCUUUGAAAAACUGAGAUUACACCACAUGAAACAAAAUAAAUUUCGACGAAAAGACGUAUCACACCUCAAAGGAGAAAUACCCUUUGAACUGAGCAAUUUGAACCAGAAAUUAGAGGAAUUUAGAGCAAAGUCAAGAGAAUGGGACAAGCAGGAGAUUCUAUAUCAGACUCAUCUGGUUUCUUUAGAUGCUCAACAAAAAUUAUUAUCUGAGAAAUGUAAUCAAUUUCAGAAACAGGCACAAAGUUACCAAACUCAACUAAAUGGUAAAAAACAGGGCAUAGAAGACAGUAGCUCUGAAAUGCCUCAGUUGAUAUGCGAACCAGAUGCCAGUUGUGAAACCAAUGAAAGAGAUGAGUUCAUUAUUGAAAAAUUAAAAUCAGCUGUGAGUGAAAUAGCAUUAAGCAGGAAUAAGUUACAAGAUGAAAAUCAGAAGCUCUUACAAGAACUGAAAAUGUACCAAAGACAGUGCCAGGCCAUGGAAGCAGGACUCUCAGAGGUGAAAAGUGAGUUACAGUCACGUGAUGACCUCUUGAGAAUUAUAGAAAUGGAACGAUUGCAGUUGCACAGAGAAUUAUUAAAACUUGGAGAGUGCCAAAGUAAUCAAGAAAAUAAAAAAAGGCUUGAAUCAUCUUAUUCCCCGGCUAGUAAAGAAUCAGAAAAAAAAAGAAAAGAACUGUUUUCAGUGACCCCAGAUCAACCAAAUCAUGAAAAACAAUUGAACAAGUUAAGAAGCCAGCGCUAUCGGGAGGAAGAGUACCAUAGCUCUGAGCAGCAAAGGAUGAGGAAUGAAAUCUCUGACCUAACAGAGGAGCUUCAUCAGAAGGAGAUCACUACAGCAACUGUCAUGAAAAAAGCUGCCCUUCUGGAAAGACAGUUAAAAAUGGGGUUAGAAAUAAAAGAGAAAAUGUUAGCGAAACAACAGGUCGCAGAUGUGAAAUAUAAAGCUGUCAGAACUGAAAACACACACCUGAAGGGCAUGAUGGGAGACUUAGACCCUGGACGGUACAUGGCAAGUGGAAUUACCGAUAUAAAGAGUAUGGACUUCACUAACAGGGAACAUUCAAGGCAUACAUCUAUUAACAAAUUGGAAUAUGAGAAUGAAAGGCUCCGAAAUGAUCUUGCAAAACUUCAUGCCAGUGGAAAAUCAGCAUGGGCUAAUCAAAAUACCUAUGAAGAAACAGGAAGAUUUAGCCAUGAUCGUGACCCACACAGAAGUGCAAGUGCAACACCUCCUUUGCCACCUUUGCCAUUUCAAACCAAAGAAAUGGCAAGUCCUUUGGUUAGUGAUGAUGAAGUAUUCCCAAUGUCUCCCCCAGAUAUAUCUUUCCCAGCUUCUUUGGCCGCACAGCAUUUCUUUCUGGAGGAGGAGAAGCGAGCAAAAGAACUUGAAAAACUUCUAAAUACACAUAUUGAUGAACUGCAAAGACACACAGAAUUUACUCUUAAUAAAUAUACCAAGCUAAAACAAAAUAGACACAUAUGAGCUUUUAAACUUUUUUAUUUGCUUCCCCCACCCCAAGAAAAAAGCUCUGGCAAAAUAUUUACAAAACUGAUUAAUGAACCUGAGAAAUUCUGUUCUGUUUGCUUGAGUAAAUCAUUUCUGUAAGGCAGCUAGAAAAUGUAAGUAUUUUGUUCAAUAAAGCUGUUUGUAUUUCUGCAUUAACAUAAUAAAUUGUUCAGCUCCAGAGUUACUGUAAAAUAAACAUGACUA